UACCUGCUGCUCCAUGAGGCGGGGUGUGAGCGGGUCGCCCGGCCGGCGCCGCCCGGUCUCCGCUCAGCGGGGCGGGGUCUCAACCAGACCUGUUGUUCGGAUCUCGGAGCUCCUGGUCCUGCCUGGGUUCUGCUCGGUUCUGUCUGGCUCACCGGAACUUUUCUCUGGCUUUUGGGACUCAGCAGGAUCCGAAACAGACCUUUUGGUCCAGGAAGCGCCCCUGAUGACGAAGGCUCCUCCUCCUCCUCAGGUCUCCUCGUCUCAGCAGGUAAAGAGGAGCUGCCAUGUUGGCCUCCUCCAUCUCCUCCUCAGUCCUCCUCUUCCUCCUCCUCCUCCUCCCUCCUGCCCACCCUGCAGACGCCUCCAUGCAGUGGGUGAAGCUGGAGGGCUCCCCCCUCUCCCACCUGCUGCUGGACCCGAGCGUGGGGCAGCUGUUUGUGGGCGGAGUCGACCACCUGUAUCAGCUGACCUCUGACCUGGAGGUAAUGUCACACGUUAAAACCGGCCCUCUCCUGGACUCUCCGGACUGCCUCCCACCAAUCGUUGCUCAGGACUGCCCCUCGGCCACGCCCACUCACAACCAUAACAAGCUGCUGCUUCUGGAGGCGGGGGCGGAGCCAAGGCCGGGGGCGGAGUCAGGAAGCCUGAUUGUCUGUGGUUCACUGUUCCAAGGAAUCUGUGAAAAGCGGAGUCGGUCCAACAUCUCUCAGCUCAUCUAUCGGACCUCCAACCCCGUUGACACUCAGUACGUCGCUGCCAAUGACCCUCGGAUUUCCACCGUCGCCGUGGUGAUAACCACCCAGAGCAAACAGGAAGCGGGCAUGCCCGGCGGCGAGCUGCGCCUCCUGCUGGUUGGUCGAGGCUACACCAGCCGGGGUCCUGGGGACAUCCCGCCAAUCACAACGCGGCGCCUGCACCCGGUGGCUCCGCCCCGCAGAGCCUUCUCCCAGGAGGAGGAGCUCGGAAAACUCGUCGUGGGAAGUUACUCUGAAUACAACAACCACUUCGUGAAGGCUGUCGCCCAUGGCAACCACGUCUACUUCCUGUUCUCGCGGCGGGACAUGAGGCACACGAAGGAGUACAGGACCUACGCCUCGCGGCUCUGCGCCUCCGACCGCAGCUUCUACUCCUACGUGGAGGUGCCGCUGCUGUGCCGCGGCGGCUACAACCUGGCUCAGGGGGCGUGGCUAGGAGACCUGUCAGGUACACCGGCGCUGUUUGUCGUCAUGGCAGCAGGGCAGGCGUCCACGCCCAUAGCAACGAGCCGCUCGGCGCUCUGCGUUUAUACGAUGAAGGACCUGGACGCCACGAUGCGGCGGGCGCAGGAAGUGUGCUACACGGAGGGAGGACUUGAUAGCAGUGGGCAGGAAGAGGCCUACAUCGAGUACGCCGUGUCAUCCAAGUGUCUGAAACUCCCGAAGGUGUUGGUGCGCCCUGAUAGGUCUGGCCACCUGUACGGCAGCCUGCUGGUGGACGGGGGCGGAGCCAUCGGAGCCGACCUCCUAUUGGACGAGAGCCAGCGUCACGUUUAUGUUUUAACCGACGACCGGGUGUCCAAGGUUCCCGUGUCGUCCUGCGAGAGACAGACAGACUGUCUGUCCUGUCUGUCCAUCAGAGACCCGUACUGCGGCUGGUGUGUCCUGGAGGGACGGUGUUCCCGUAAACAUGAGUGUGAGCGCCACCUGCUGGACAACCACUGGCUGUGGAGUUUUGAACGGACCAAUCAGUGUGUCACGGUGCAGAGCCUGCAGCCGGCCAAUCAGAGCAGAGAUGAGCAGACCCAGGUAACCAUGUCAGUCGUCCAGCUGCCUGUCCUCCAGGGGGCGGAGUCUCUGUCCUGCGUCUUCGGGAGCAUGCCCCCCCAGCCGGCUGUUGUCAUGGGAACAGAACUCACCUGCCAGUCACCUGCGCCGGAGCUCCUCCCCCCCAUGCCGCCCGGCAGCGAUCACAUGGUCCUGCCCGUGUCUCUGAUGUUUGGUCACGUGACCGUCGCCAUGGGAACCAUGACCUUCUACGACUGCGGAGCCGUCAGCCGACUGAACCAGAGCUCCCAGUGUCUGUCCUGCGUCUCCUCCUGGACCUGUAACUGGUGUCCUCUGGAUCAGAUCUGCACCCACAACCACAGCUGCCCCAGGAAGCUGGUCCUCAGCCACAACGUGAGACACCUGUCCGUCCUCCUGUCCGUCCUCCUGUCCGUCCUAAUGACCGUCCUCCUGUCCGUCCUCCUGUCCGUCCUAAUGACCGUCCUCCUGUCCGUCCUCCUGUCCGUCCUCCUGUCCGUCCUAAUGACCGUCCUCCUGACCGUCCUCUUGUCCUUCCUCCUGACCGUCCUAAUGUCCGCCCUCCUGACCGUCCUCUUGUCCUUCCUCCUGUCCGUCCUCAUGACCGUCCUCCUUCAGUCCUCCUUCUGUCCUCAGUUCCAGUUUCGCCUCAGCCAGCUGCAGUAUUCUGCUGCCAUCUACCUGCGCAGAGGACAGAGGCGCAUUGAUGCAUCACCUGGACUCAGACUCCACCUGUAUGACUGCUCAGCCGGCCAAUCAGAUUGCUCGCAGUGCCGGGCGGUGCCUGUGGAGUACAGCUGUGUGUGGUGUCUUGGAAGCCCCGCCCCCAGAUGCGUCUACAGCCAAUCAUGCUCCGGCGUACCGGCAGACACCUGUCCGACGCCUCAGAUCACACAGGUGCAUCCUGUGACUGGACCUGUGGAGGGUGGAAUCCUGGUGACAAUCACAGGGUCCAACCUGGGCACCAGGUACCAGGACGUGGUGGGCGGAGUCCAGGUGGCAGACGUCCCAUGUGUGGCUCAGCCUGAAGGAUACCAGAUCUCCACCAGGGUCGUGUGUGAGCUGCAGAGCAGUGGGAAUCACCGGGUCGGGAAUGUCCAGGUUACCGUGGGAACCACUCCACCUGGCCGAUCGACCCAGAUGUUCACCUAUCAGAACCCUAAGCUGACCGGUCUGGUUCCAGAUAAAGGCCCGGUUUCUGGAGGAACCAAGCUGACCAUCAAAGGCCAACAGCUGCUGACCGGGCAAACCUCGGACCUGGCCGCCUUCCUGGACCGGCAGCCCUGCUUCAUUGUGAAUGAGGUGACUGAUUCCCAGUUUGUGUGCAAGACCAGUUCUAGCAAUUGGACCGGACCAGUUCCGGUUUGGGUCUUCUUUGGUAAAGCUAAUCGGACCGGUCCUGAGCUUACCUUUCGUUACCUGGACGACCCCGUCAUCACCAAAGCGACACCUGCAGAGAGCUUCUACGCGGGAGGGCGGGUCAUCAAGGUGACGGGCAGGAACCUGGACGUGGUGCAGGAGCCGGUGAUAUCUGUGUGGGUGGAGCCUCUGGAGGUGCAGAGAGUGAAACGGAGAAGGCGAUUGGCUCUCCUGACCGCCAGGCAGCACUUGGUCUUUAACGGCACCAUGACGACAGUGUCUGAGCGCUGCUCUGUCCUGUCGUCCUCUGAGAUCACAUGUCCGACCCCCGCAGUGCCCCCAGAGGUCAGAGUGAAGGGGGUGUGGUUUCAGCUGGACAACGUCCGGGUCCACUACGACAGCAUCGAGGGUCAGAGCUUCACCUAUUACCAGAACCCCCAGUUCUUUCCUCUGAACCGAGACGCUCCGGACGCUCCGUACCGCUUCAAACCCGGCGGAGUGAUCGCUGUAGAGGGUCUGGACCUGACCAGAGCCAUGUCCAAGGAUGAAGUCCAGGCUCGGCUUGGAGAUCAAGACUGUGAGGUGAAGACUCUGGACCGAACCCACCUGUACUGCGAACCCCCGGAGGAUCAGCCUCUGAGCGUGGAYGGCAGCAGCGAGCUGCCUAUGCUGAAGGUGUUCAUGGGGAAGCUGCAGGCGGACCUGGGUCUGGUCCAGUACGACAGCGACUCGUUGCUGUCUCCCAUCCCGCUGGCGGCGCAGAUCAGUCUGGGUGCUGGAGCUGCUGUCAUCAUCCUGUCGGUGCUGAUCGUCAUUCUCAUGUACAGGAGGAAGAGCAAACAGGCUCUCCGAGAUUAUAAGAAGGUUCUGCUGCAGUUGGAGACUCUUGAGAUCAACGUGGGAGAUCAGUGUCGUAAGGAGUUCACGGACCUGAUGACAGAAAUGAUGGACCUCAGCAGCGACGUGGGAGGACCGGGUCUUCCUCUGCUCGACUACAAGACGUACGCAGAGAGGAUCUUCUUCCCCGGCCAGCAGACGGCGCUGCUGAGCCGGCAGUUGGACCUGCCGGAGUCCAGGAGGCCGACGGUGGAGCAGGGCCUCCAGCAGCUCAACAACCUGCUCAACAACAGACUCUUCCUCACCAGGUUCAUCCACACCCUGGAGGCCCAGCAGGGCUUCUCCCAGCGGGACCGCGGCUACGUGGCCAGUCUGCUCACCAUCGCGUUGCACGACAAGCUGGAGUACUUCACCGAGGUCAUGAAGACGCUGCUGCAGGACCUGGUGCAGCAGUACGUCGCCAAGAACCCCAAGCUCAUGCUGCGCCGGACGGAGACGGUUGUUGAGAAGAUGCUGACCAACUGGAUGUCCAUCUGCCUCUAUUCUUUCCUGAAGGAAGUGGCCGGGGAGCCGCUCUACAUGCUCUACCGGGCCAUAAAGUACCAGGUGGACAAGGGCCCGGUGGACGCUGUGACGGGGAAGGCCAAGCGGACGCUCAACGACAGCCAUCUGCUGCGAGAGGACAUCGAUUACUCUGCCAUGACUCUGAACGUCCUGGUGAAGAACGGAGUGGAGGUUCAGCCGUGUCCCAUUAAGGUUCUCGACACCGACACCAUCACCCAGGUGAAAGAUAAGAUCCUGGAUCAGGUCUACAGAGGAGCUCCGUUCUCUCAGAGACCAGCAGCAGACAGUCUGGACCUGGAGUGGCGUUCGGGUCAGGCAGGUCACCUGACUCUGUCGGAUGAUGAUGUCACAGCAGUGGUUCACGGUCGCUGGAAAAGGCUCAACACGCUGCAGCAUUACAAGGUUCCAGAUGGCGCCACAGUCGCCCUCAUCCCUCGAUUUCUCAGUUCAGGGGUCAACCAGGUGUUUCAGACGGGAGAAAGUAAGAACCGACACACCUCAGCCAUCAGAAUCACAGGAAAUCUGUUGACAACCCAGACCGUUGACCACUCCCCGGACCGGACGGUGUCCGUGUCUCUGCAGGGGACGCUGCAGAAGUUCGUGGAUGACGUCUUUGUGGCCAUCCUCAGCACCAAGCGUCCUCCUCCCAUAGCUGUCCGGUUUUUCUUCGACUUCCUGGACGACAUGGCGGAGAAACACGGGAUCGACGACCCCGAGACUGUCCACAUCUGGAAGACAAACAGUCUCCCUCUGAGGUUCUGGGUCAACAUCCUAAAGAACCCGCAGUUCGUCCUGGACGUCCAGGUGACGGACAGCAUCGACGCCGUCCUCUCCGUCAUCGCCCAGACCUUCAUCGACUCCUGCACCACCUCCGAACACAAAGUGGGACGGGACUCUCCAGUCAACAAGCUGCUUUAUGCCAGAGAGAUCCCGCGAUACAAACAGCUAGUGGAGCGGUACUACAGUGACAUCCACAGCGCCGCAUCAGGAUGCUACCAGGAGAUGAACUCCACUCUGACGGAGCUGUCCGGGAGCUUCGCCUCAGAGAUGAACAGCCUCGUUGCUCUUCAUGAACUCUACAAAUACAUCAACAAAUAUUACGACCAGGUCAUCAUGUCCCUGGAGGAGGACACGUCGGGUCAGAAGAUGCAGCUGGCGUAUCGGCUGCAGCAGGUCGCCGCCCUGGUGGAGAACAAAGUCACUGACCUCUGACCUGCGAGUCCUGAGGAAGAGGAGAGACAGCGAAGCUGAUUGGACGGCUGCCGCCUGUCUGUCUCUGUGGGGGACGCCCAGUCUUUCAUAAUCGGUCUUCCGGUUCCCUCACACGGCGGCGGCCACCAUCUUACGACAAUCCAACCAAUCAGGGAGCGCCGUCGCCGCCUGCUGCCUUGCACUACAAUUCCCAGAGUUCUUUGCUGUCUGAGUCUAAAAGCACAACUUCAAUAGUUUCUUCUGUGUUUGUGUUGGUUCUGACAUGAAACCUGCUGUUUUCUAUGUUUUUCUACUGAAACCAGGGGAUUGGACUCUGAACGGCCAGAACCAGAAGUUCUGGUGCUGCUGGGCGUUUCUGAACGCAAUAAUCUGAAUCAGGGAGCGUUUUCAUCUGACCCGGUUCUGCAGAGGUUUUGGACUCGGACCUCAGGUCGAACUGCGGCGGUGAGAAGGGAAACCGGUCCGGAUGUUGGCGCGCACUUCGCCGCUCCUCACCUGGCUGCAGCCAACAGGAAGGGGCGGGACUCAGACCUUA